GUUUUCUUGAUUAAUGUCUCCCAGUCACGAGGAGUAAAAGCACCCUAAGUGUCAGCAGCAGGCAUCAGUCAUGAUGGCUUUCUUUUGGCAAAUUGCACUGCUUUUGAGCUUGUCAGCUGCCAUUUCUGUCUAUGCAGACAUGAAACUGGACUGCAUGCUAGAUUUUGUGAGGCUGGUGUGGACAGAGAGCAGAUCCCAGGCUGAUCUAUCUCUCUUUCGUCUGGGUAACUGUUAUCCCACCAGCUUUUCAGCCAGGGAGGCCGUUUUCAAUGUGGAUAUCAAUGAUUGUAACUUCAGGAGAAUGGUUACUGGGGAUCAGCUGAUGUACACCAAUGACCUGAUCUACAUUUCCUCUCCUGAUUCUCGCUUUCUGGCCUUUACUCACCCAGUUGUCUGUGCUUUUCAGAGGCCCAUAGACUGGUAUCCUCCGAUUUAUGAACCAGUGUUUAAUACCUUCGGUCUAGGCGAUCUUGUGUUCCACGUAGGACUCAUGAACGAUGACUUCUCAGGCCCUGCUGAAUCUACUACCUUUCCUCUGGGCUCAAUGAUCCCCAUCAUGGCUAGUGUGGCGCAGGAGACCCAUCAGCCCAUGCUGCUGCUUCUUGAGGAAUGCGUAGCAGCUUACACAUCGGCUCUGCAGCCUGAAAGCAGUAUAUAUCCGAUAAUCACCAAUAAGGGAUGUCUCACGGACAGCAUGGUAUCACGGUCGAAGUUCGAACCGAGGCAAAAAUCCUCUGAGAUCCGCCUAUCCCUUCAAGCCUUUAGGUUUGCUCCCGGAGAAAAGGUGUUCAUCCACUGCAAUCUUGUAGCUUGGUAUCCCAAUGGUCUUGAUGACACAAAGAAGGCCUGCUACUAUGUCAAAGAGCAUGGUUGGCAGCUGCUGGACAACUCUGCAUUAAGCCAUAUUUGUGACUGCUGUGAAUCCAGCUGCAAGUCCAGGAGGACAAGGAGUAUAGCAUCAGGAAAGCAUGGAAUAUUAGAAAAAGCAGUCCUUGGGCCACUUAUCAUUACUGAUGUGAAUUCCUGAAGUAUCUGAGGAAUGGCUCCAGAGUGGUUCCUACAAUCUGACUUGGAUUUUAUUUCAGUGUGCAUUUCAGAUUGUAAUGUGGCCAUUAAAGAUGUAACCAAAUUUUA